AUGACCUCAGAAGGUGGUCAUAUUGAAUUAGUCGAAAGAACUUUAAAUUUGGCAGGAUAUAUUAAUAUUCUCGAAGAUUGUCUAUUAGAUGUACUGGAAUCAUGUGAAUAUGACGAGGACGAAAUGAUUUUUCAGCAUGAUAAUGCUAGAAUACACAUGUCAAUUGCAACAAAAGCAUGGCUUAAGGAUAAUAAUAUAACUGUUCUAGAAUGGCCCUCCUACUUUCCUGAUUUAAAUCCAAUUAAACAUUUAUGGAGCGAAAUAAAAAGGAAAUUAAAAGGAGAAUAUUUAGAUAGAACCGAAAAGGACAAGUUAUGGAACAGAAUAGUCCAAAUAUGGAAAGGCAUAGGCAUCGAUGUAAUUACAAAUUUGUACAAAUCGAUGCCAGCAAGAAUUGCAGUCGUAAUAGAGGCUAAAGGUG